UGAUUUGCUGAAAGUCAGGUUUAUACCCUCGAGAAAAGAACAACUAUAUUUUGUCUUUAAGUUCACACACAUUCUAUAUAGCGCUUCUACCACGCGUCUCUGCAAAAGGAACAUGGCGGAGAAUGGCAAACACAGAGACCAGGCUAAAGACACCGUGGACGCCUCUAAAUUCUCUCUGAAAAGCAGCAGCAGCACAGCUCCAGCAGCAGCUGAUGAUGAUAACAGCUCAGGUUCUCCCUCUGACCUUUUCUGCUACCGAAUGGACUAUCCCUGCAUGGGCGUCUGCCUCAUUAUCAACAACAAGAACUUCCACAAAAACACUGGAAUGAGCUGCCGAAAUGGAACCGAUGUUGACGCUGCUAAUGUUGCUAAGACAUUCACUAAACUGGGUUACAAGAUCAGAUUGUUGAAUGACCAGACCAUGGAUGACAUAAUAAAACGGAUGAAAGCAGUGGCUGAGGAGGACCACAGUCAGAACGCCUCGUUUGUGUGUGUGCUGCUCAGCCAUGGAGACCAGGAGAUGAUUUACGGCACAGAUCGGUCCGAAAAGCUUGAAAAGCUGAUCAAUUGCAUCAAAGGACGUCAUUGCAUGAGUCUGGUGGGAAAACCAAAGCUCUUCUUCAUACAGGCGUGCAGAGGUACAGAGUUUGACGACGGCGUAGAGACGGACACCGCGGUAGACGAAACGUCUGAGAAGAUUCCUGUGGAGGCAGACUUCAUGUACGCGUACUCUAGUGCUCCAGGCUAUUACUCCUGGAGAAACACCACCAACGGCUCCUGGUUCAUACAGUCACUGUGUGAAAGUCUGGCCGAGUACGGUGGAAAGCUGGAGCUGAUGCAGAUCAUGACGCGAGUCAACCACAAGGUGGCGUUCCACUUUGAAUCUUCUUCCAACUUGCCUGGAUAUAGUGGAAAAAAGCAAAUCCCCUGUGUUGUGUCAAUGCUGACCAAAGACUUUUACUUCUCAACUAAAUGAAUUCAUAAAGUGUUCCCCUUUGGGAUGUAGAACAUACUUUCAAAGUAUUUAUUAUUUUAUUUAGAGUAGAAACAAAAUUAGACUGUUUUUUUUUAAGAUUUCAGAAAAAUCACAUCAAUCAUGUAUUUUUUUUAAAAAUAAACUAUUAGGCCUAUUGUGCAGAGGCGGUUCACCUUCAGGAGUAAAACCAACACGGCACAAGAACGUCAGACUAACAGUGAAAUAUGACGGUGGUUGUGUGAUGGUACGGGCCAGUUUUGCUUCUUCAGAACCAGGACAACCUCCAGAAUUUGAUAGAAUCAUGAAUGUUUGCUCUCUACCAAAGCAUCCUGAAGGAGAUUGACUGACCAUCAGUUCUUACUGUUAAAACCUUUGGACACUAUUAUGAAGCAGGACAAUGAGGAAAAUGAUGAUGUACAUUCAGGUCUUAGAUUUGGGGCGCAAUCACUGUUUCCACAUCUAUCACACGGAGGCGGGUUGGUCAUGAUAGUUUAUUUUCCCUUUUAAUAAAUAAAAUGAUUUGAAAACGUG